AUGAAUAAUCCUCGAACAUAUAUUGCCAGGGCAAUAUAUGCCAAAUUCCAUAACGAUUAUUACUUAGAUAAAUAUGAUACUAAAUUGUGGUACACUGUCAAUGCUGAUGACCAAUUUGCCUAUCGUAGUUCAUAUGUUCCGUUCGAAGAACCGGAUGCUGUGACCAUGGAAUGGCUGGAGCAGGCAAAAAAUAAAAAUAAUGUUUGGCUUCACAUAUGGCAUGUACUGGCAAGGCAGUUUCUACAGUUUUUUAUGACACAAACCGAUAUUAAUGGUUUCCUAAAGAGAGGAUCAAUGUUUAUAUUAUCCGAGAAUCAAUUUGCCGUGCUAUUAAAGGAGGGAGGAUUUGAUAGUCGAAGAUAUGAUAUGGUACGCUUUGUUGACAUCGGUGCCGGUGAUGGACAAAUCUCUAUGGUAUUACUAAAAGCUUUACGAAUCUCAAAUCCAGAUGUUGUCAUCGAUGCCUAUGCCACUGAGGCCAGUUGGACAAUGCGUGAACGACUUAAAAAAAUGGAUUUUAAAGUAUUGGAAAAUCUCGACGAAGUCGGCAAUGUACAAUUUGUAUCCUGCCUGAAUGUUCUCGAUCGUUGUAUCGAUCCCAUACAACUACUCGAAGAUAUACACAAAAUUCUGGCACCCAAUGGUCGGUGUAUUAUAGCUUUAGUUCUACCCUAUAUGCAUUAUGUUGAAUCGAAUUCCUCGCAUAUGCCAAUACGUCCGCUAAUGCAACAUUGGCCAGCAAAGGCUAAACAGUAUUCCUUUGAAUCGGAGGCUGCUAUAUUUUUCCGAGUAUUAGAGAAUUUGGGUUUUCAAAUUGAAUCGUGGACUAAGGCGCCAUAUUUAUGUGAGGGAGAUUUAAGACAAUCAUAUUAUUGGCUAAUAGACUUGGUUGUUGUGGUUUCAAAACGAUCCUAGCUACAUUUUUAA